GCUGCAAGCCCUGAACAAACCGCAUCCGACGGUGGGGGAGGGCCGGUGCCGGCAGCUGACGGCUUCCACGGGAGCUCCAAGGCGGUCGCGGCCGAAGAGGUGGGAGUGCCAAUCGACCAGGUGCCGAGAGGCCUUCGCUUGGAUGAUCUGUUGCGCCUCGUGGAGGACCACAAAGAGUGGCUUCAAGGCCCCACGACCCGGGGAACGGGCCGGAAGAACAUGUACGACGUCACUCCCGAGCUCAUCAUCGCACGAUCCCCGGGCCACGAACGGAUCGUAGAGCUGACGGCAGUGGAUGCCGAGAAGAUCACGCAAUCCCUCGCCGGUAGUGACGACGAAAAGUCUCACGGGAUCUUUGUCAAGGGCUCCCUGCAAUGUCGGGAGGGAGCCAAACUUGGAGGGGUCCCUGUGGAGAACAUGGUGAUCCAGGGAAUCCUUUGCGAGGAAGGUGCGCAGCGCCGGGAUUACUGGAACCGUGGCAGUGAGCGUCAGGAACGGUGGCGCACCACGGACAGGCACGGACGCCGUCUGUCUCAGGACCCUUGGCAACAUGGAGCCUCAGCAGUCAUGCAAGGGUUUGGCGAUGACAUCAACGGUGGUGUUGGGCAUUUGCAGGAUGCGAUCCCGGCGAUCCCUGCAAAGCUGCUCGGGAAGCAGCUGGGCGAAACCAACGCUCGCAGGAGCCAGGAGCUACUCCAGCAGCCGGGGACGGUCGUGGUCCUGCGCAGCGGCGCGCCUUGA